AUGAGGCUUUCUUCCCUUUCUUUCAUUGGAGGCCUUCGUCUGGCUCUUCCUAGACUUGCAACGCCUGCGCUGUUUCAACUCCCCAUUGCAUACAGAGGCUUAUCCACAUCCUCUAAACUUCUUCAAGUCCAAAAUGAAGUUCAAAACGAUCCAGAUGCCGCUUUCCUCCAAAGGAAAACCACCAAGCAUCCUCUUUCAAGAAAAACUUUCUUGAUGGACUACUAUAAAUAUUUGAACGAUAACAACCAAAUCGUGCUUUACUUGCAUCACAAUAACUUGGUGAAGAAUGACACUAUUAAAGUCAGAUCCGAGUUGAAAAAGUUGGGCGUCAGCAUGACGUACUUGAGAAAUGCCAUUUACAAGGUUUACCUUCGGUCUGCGGAAGAAGAAGAUCCUGCUUUGCACAAGAACACCUUGAAAAACAAGAAGGUCGAGCAUCCAUUGGCCCCUCUUUUGAAUGGUCCCAGUGCUAUCAUCACAAUCAAGGAAUGUGACCCUCCACUUGUUGAAAAAGUCGUAAAGCUCUUGAAGUCUCAGAACGAGAAGCUUUUCCUACUUGGUGCCAGAAUUGAAGGAAACGUCUACAACGUCACAGACGUGGAUCAGUUCAAACAGUUACCAUCGAAGGAGCAGUUGCAGGGCCAGUUGGCCGGUGUCUUGACCGUUUUGGGUGGUGCUGGUCUUGUGAGAACAUUGGAGUCUGCUGGAACCCAUUUGUACUUAACUGUGGAACAGAGAAGAAAGGAUCUUGAUCCAGAGGAGCAAAAGGAUGAAGAAAAGAAGGAAUAA